AUGCUCAAAAUGGCGGACUACGGGGUAAAAACCAUGCAAAGAUUUGCCCCUUUAAAACCAAGUGCUACUCCCGUAAUAAUAAUCUAUACGGUUUCUAAACGUAGUGACAUAGUUCUGCUGUCAAAUGGCAGUCAUUUUCUUUAUAUUGUAGUGGACGAUAGCGUAGCAGUAAGUAUAUAUUUUAAACAAAUCUACAUUUAGACAGUGGAUUACUCGAAACGUCAUUUCUCAGGCCUAUGAAUGAGACUUUCCAUUAAAUAGAACCUCGAGUCAAACGGGGAACAUAACAAUGUGAAAUUUUUUCUUUCUUUUGUAGCACACUUUUCGUUUUCCCAGUCUGGUGACCACUGUUCGUAUUCAGGAACGUAACGCUGCUGGAAAAACACAGAUAUUAGUUGGGACAGUGGAUGGCCAUAUUUUUGCGGUCUUCUUACCAGAAGAUCUGACCAAAAGCAGCAGGUGAGAUAUUCAUCUGGUACUGUUUCAGCCAGUGACAGUCAAACUACAUUUUGGGGUAAUUGUGAGGAACAACUCCCUGAAAAAACUCGUAGGCUGACAGUCAACAGGAACUGUCAGCCAACUGCUCUGCUUAAACUCGUGUACAGAGUCAGUAUCUGUCUGUGAUAUUUAUCAUCUAAACUUCAGUGCACUUAGACACUACACUGAAUUAGGUUAACGCCUUAGGAAAAGCUGUGGUCCCUUAGUGGAAGUUAGGAACCGUACAUGACUUAAGUGUUUAGGUUUUUGUGUGUGAUACAACUGCCCGUCAACUCCUGUAUUUUCAGCCUCUCCAACUUAUAUCUGGCUCACAUCUGAGGUGACUGUGAUUAGGCCUGAAAACCAGAAAACUUGAUCCAGAAUCCUACACACUGACUGUAUUGAUACAAUGUCUCCAAAUUACUUGUAUGUUGUGAUUCAAUUUUAUGUGUGGUUCAAGUUUUAUAUUUAGAAUUCAUUUUCACUCAGUAGCUUUUUCUGCAAACUUUAAAUUUAAGGUUAAAGACAUUUGCUGAUCCUACUCCAGAUGUUACUAGUGAGAUGGCAAAACAAAAGAAAUGUGGUGAUUGUGAUAUCUUUGGAGAACUACUUGCUGGUGCAAAUAUUGAUGUUACAGAAACAGUGAAUAAACAAUCAGUCAGAGCUAAUAAAUGUAUAACAUUUGUUGAUGUGGAAAGUGCAGUCCUAUAUGAACCAAAGUUAAGAACAUUUAUUACCAUUGAAGAAAAUAUUGUGUGUUGCAGAGCACUGGAGCAAGGCUAUUUGUUGUCUGUGUUUUGUCCUACUUCACAGCAAAAUGAUCUUGGUAAGAUGGCGUAUGCACCACUUCCAGUAUUCAAAGGGAUAAUAACAGUGGAAUCAGAGUCACAAAAUACAUGCAGUUGUUUGUGGAAUUAUGUUCCUCAGCUGUGUUGUGUUCAAGCCAAUGGCAAUGUUUCAUGUCUGUCAUCAUGUCUUACCAUAAAACGGUCUUUAUUUAGCAAACUUUUUCUCUGUGAUGCAUCUCUUUUGGAUACCCCAGUCAUUAUCUUUGGUUGUGAAGAUGGGCAAGUGUUAUUUUGGCCUGUGAACAGUUUUGCUCUUACAAAUGCAAACUCUGAGGCUAAUGUCAGUGAACAUCAAUUUUCACCUCAGCUGAUAUACCAUAUGGAACAAAGAGUGGUAGCGAUAUAUGCAGCAAGGCUUCAUUAUCCAGAGGAUUCAUCAAUAUGUCCAUCAACUGCAAAUGAAACAGAAGUGAGGAAUUGCAAACACAAGCAAGAAUCUGGUGACUGCUGCAAUGCCUUAGUUUUUGUUGGAGGUUGUGACAAGAUUAUAAUUGUAUCUGAUGAAGAACAUCUGUCAGAGAAGUCAGAAGAAGUAAAGAAAAUUAAUUUUACAUGGCACACAAUUGUUGGCCCUGUUCUAUGUUCCUGCUUGAGCAGCAGCCAUGACACACUGGUACAUUCAACAGGUAACGAAAUCUUUGUCACUAAGUUGAGCCUCAACUGUGAGAUGAAUGCAGCAAGGUCAGCAGCAAUGUUAUCCUCAAGCAAGCUGACUGUACAGGUACCAAAUGUGUCUGUGCUUUGUUGUGUAAAUAAGAAAAGGAAGGGAAAUGGCACAAAGAGGCAGGUGUAUGCUCUUACUGUCACAGGAAAACUUGUUUUGCUUCUGUUGCCAGAAUUGCAAGAUGGAGAACAACUUAUUGGGUCUAAUGUCUCACCACAAAUGGCUGGUGAAAAAGUGAAGAGUUACUUAAAAGAGAUUGAAACUCAGACUGCAGAGCUGGUAAGAAUUAAUGAAAGCAGAGAAAGUGCAAACAGUACUUUGAAAGAGCUUAAUAAAAUUAUCCACAUUGUUAGUCAGGUUACCAAGAAGGCAGGAGACACUAUGUUCCCUUUAUUGUGUUGUUUUACACCUGGUGUUGUGUGCCAGAGCUCUUGUGGGCAUACUUCAUUGUCACUGCACUGCAAAGUUAUUAACCAGGGCAAUCUAGUGUUGUCACCUUCCUGGUCACUAAUGGUUCGCAUACAAGGAAAGGAACCUUGGCAGAGUUGUACCUCUCCAGCAGCUUGUUUUAUGGGCCAAUCAAUGCCAAUGAGAACCACUCAUCCAGGGGAAGUCACAGAGAUGAACAUUCCUCUUAACAAGUCUUUCCCUUCAUCAGGUCACAUUAUUGUAGAAGGGUACCUGUAUUGUGAUUUGAAUUCCUUGCUUGCUGAUCUCAGAAAUGGAACAGAUCCAAUGCAUUUCUUUCAGAUACCAACUAAGAACAUUGUGAUACCAGUUGGAAAGAAAGUUUUUGACAUCCUUCAUUUGAUGCAAAUGACUCAAUCAGGGCCACAAGCUCAAACAAACUGCACCAUUUCAGAUUCAAAUGAAAUGGUUUUUCAAACUAUAGAGAGACUUAAUUCAACAAUCAGCAAUGUAGUAAGUAGGAGUAUAUUUGGUCAGGAUACAGAAGAGAUUGCAGAGGAACCCACAGAAAUUAGAAACUACUCAGCAGCUUUCAUUGUUUCUCAAGAUGCCAUAAAUUUCAUGACCACAACUAUUAAAAAUGACCUUGCUCUGAAGGAAACUCUUCAAACAGAAUCUCUUUUGCCGCAAGCUACAUUCUUUCACUUCAUCUUCAUGGACUCAAGCAUUGCUCACCAACAAAUUGAUGUGGAAUGUUCUCACAUAAAUCUGCUGAGUGUGAAUGGUGGUCAUGCAUCCAUAAACAUUAAACCUGUAAGUGGAAUGGAAAAAUCCACCAAUGGUUCUCCUUUUGAAGUUGAAUUACACUGUACACAUGUGCGCUUGCUGUGUCAUCUUCAUGGAGCCAUAUUAACAAGAUUGAAGGUAAACUAAUACAGAGGGCAAUGAACAAAGUUCAGCAAACUUUCCUUAAUGAGUGUUCUAAUUAGACAUAAAUUUGAUGGGUUUCUUUAAUAAUAGUAAUAGAAUGAUAGUUACAGCUCCAAUGAUACGAAAUAUAAUGACGAUAAUAAUUAUAACAGAAACAGCAACAACAAAAUGUUGUUGGUAAUGAAAAUAGUAAUGUGAUACAUUUUUUUUAUUAGCCUGUUAUCACACAUAGGACCAGUAGGAGUCAAAUGCAAGCAUAUGAUGUACAGAAACAGUUGAAAAAACUACAGGUAACAUUUUGCCUUCUAUUACUUUUGUAAUUAACCAAUAUACUAUUGACCGAGUUAAAGAGUCUAUGUUUUUAGGUGUUAUUCUUGACAAAAAUUUGUCAUGGAAACUGCACAUUGCUCAUAUUGCUAGGAAAGUUUCAAAAUCCACUGGUAUAAUCUAUAAAGCUAUGGUCUCUGCCUACCUACUUCAACUUUAUGUACCCUGUACUAUAGUCUUGUUUAUCCCUACUCACUUUAUUGCAUUACGGUAUGGGGCUCAACUCAUCCAUCCAGAAAAGGGUGGUACAAAUUAUAUCAAGUAAGUACUUUUAACCCUCAUACUGAACCUAUAUUUAAGCAGUUGAAAAUUCUUAAUCUAUACAAUAUGUAUUGAUUUCAAAUAGGAAAGAUCAUGUUUUUGUUCAAGAUAGGCCAUCUUCCUGAUUUUUUUCUUACUUUUCUCACGCUGCUUAAGUAUAUGUUUGUUUGAGAGCCUGCAAUUGUUGUUGUUGUUUUAUGUGUGUGUGUCCUUUCCUUUUUAACCUUAAAUAUUUUGUACCUUAAUCAUGCCAUAGAACUGAUGCCACACUUCUGUAAAAUAUGAGGUGCCUGUAGCUCAUAUAAGCCCCUGGGUUUCCCUACGGGUUUCCUCGCCUCUUACUAAAUCUUCUGCUAUAUCAUAUUAAUGUAUAUAUAAUUCUUUUUUAUUUCUACUAGUGUAUCAUAAUUACAAAAUGGCAAAAUAAAAUAAAAGAUAAAAAAUGAAAAAACUUUAAAAAAUUGUAAUAAUGAAAUUCUUCAGCCAGCUUGUAAAUUGUCAUUUGAUUGGCCACCCUCUGUCAUUGUUACAUUUUGAUAUAUUUAUUCCAAAGGAUUUCCACCAAUGUGUCAUUUUGUUGGAAGAUGAGAUGUCAAUGGUGACAGAUAAAUGGGAAACAAUCAUCAUCAAGCGGAAAGUAUGGGCUCUGUAUGAGAAAAUGAGAGGAGUCGUGCUCAUGAUAUGACAUUUAUUAGAGGUAGAAUUGAAAGAGAAAGCUUCAGGUGUAUUUUCUAAAAUUCAGUUCAUGUGGAAACAUUUUAGAAUCGUUGUUGAAAAAAAUUCUUAAGAUGAUUUGCACAGUUACAUCUCAACGACAAGCUGUAAACAUCUGAUACGUACAGAAGGACUUAAACAAAUCAAACUUGGGAUCGUUUAAUGCGGCCAUUUUGUUACCUUGGCUUUCCGUUUUUAUAUUGUAAUAACAUUACAUGUUUAACGGUUUGGGUUUUUUUUCUCACCUCUAACAUUGUUUGAUUAGUUGAAGUACCGGUGUUAUUACGAGUGCAGUACUGCACAAAGGUCCUAAUUGAAAGAGGACAAUUUGGUUUUAUGAACUGUGUUGAUAAUGUGAGUUGGCCAAAGUGAAGAGAUUCAAAUGCUGACGUUUGAAGCGUUGGCCAUUCGUCAGAAAAAAUCCAAAUUCUUCGCUCUGACGAAGGGCUAACGUUCGAAACGUCAGGUUUAAAAUCCCGUUACUGUUGCCAAUUUACUUAUCCAACAUACAUAUAUAAAGACCCAAUCCAGCUCUGAAUCCUUUAAGUAAAAUUUGGAAAUUAGACGUGUUUUAUGCCACUUUCAGAAAUUGUUUGGUUUUUAUUCUUAUAAAUGCGUUCCUAUUUGUGGUUUGUCAUAAUUACUCGUUCGGUAGGUUCAGACAAAGGAAAAGAAAUCAAAUCAGUGUGUGAGGUUUGUCUUUGCUGAACUCCUAGCCGUGCAUUCAAGAUGAUACGUGGGUCUAAUUAUUCUAAUAGCAUUGACUUGCAUAACUGAGAAAUGAAGCUCUACUAUUUGCCUUGAAUUGUCGUGACUGAAAUUAAUAGAAUGACCCCUUUUUGCAAUGCAGCUUCCUGUACUGUAAAUAAAGACAUACGAGGAAGAACUACAGUGUCUCCUUAAACUUUAGAGAAACGGAUUUAGAAAUUUGCAGAGG